CACCCAACAUCGUCGCAGUGGCAGAGCCAGCGUGACUUUGCGCAGUGCGAAGGGACAGUCAUGGAGGCCGAGGAGAGAGACAAGCUUGAGAAUGGGAGUGGAGACGGACUCGCGGUACUGCGCCUGUCUUUUCCGGCGGCAUCGGCUCCAAACGAGGCGCAUCCUGAUCAACAGCAGCAUCAUCAGCUCGUGUCUUCUCUCGCCGUCGCCUCGCUCAAGCACCUCCUCUUUGCCAAGGGACAGGUCGCCAAGCCCGUCGCGGCGCUCUCUCUCGAGCGCGAGCGCGAAAAGAAGCUGGCUCGCGGGGGCUCAGGCGCUCGACGGGGAGCUCUGCGGAGUGGUGCCGGGCGAAGGAAGCGAGACAAGCUCCUCGACAAUAUCGACGCUGCCUCGAGACACAUCGAGGCCGCCGUCGAGGCGCUCGCUGCAGGGAGCGGGUCUGAGCAGGACGAUGUGGCCCUCAUGAUUGCGCUGGGCCCCUCGCUGAUGCUCCCAAAGGAGCUCUACCAUGUCAAGAUCAAGGACGGCCUCCAGCGAAAUCACCGUGCACCGAAUCAUGCAGCAGCUACCGAGGAGAAUCCCGUGCCCAUGGCCAAGCCCAAAGCGAAGACGGCGAGCCUGAUGGAGCGCAAGCUCGUCCGGUUUCUCGUCGAGCGCGCCUCGGAUGAGCAGCAGGGGCAGGGCGGGCUGGCCGAGGCGUUCCAGAGGCACCUUGCGCCCACGAGGGCCCAUCUGCUUCUCUUGGCCCCACCAGACUUUUCGUGCCCUGGCUGGAUCCCCAAGCGACACCUGAGGCUGGACACGACGGGCACAGGCGUGCAAGUUGGGCCGGCAAGGCGGCCUACGCCGUCCUCUCCUCAACACCCACAAGCACAAGUCGGUGAACUGGGAGGCAAUGUCCACAACAAAGGCACGGCAGCAGCUGCUUCGUCGUCGUCGUCGUCGUCGUCGUCCAUCCUCUCAGCCCCGAUGAACUUAGUCAGUGCUGAUGCGCCCAUGCAGUCCCAAUCUUCCGAUGCCGCUAGCGAGGAUGCCCCCUCCAGGAGCCCCUCUGUCGCCUCCCUGCGUCAUUCCGGCACCUCGACACCCACAAGCCAGGCCAACUCGUCCUCGGUAUCCACCGCCGAGCCCAGCAGCCCGACAAGCGCCAAGAGGCACGAGCAGCAGCCAAGCCGGACAGACAGCCACACGCAGGAAAUCACCGAGCUGUCCGAGGCCCUCAGUCCGCUCAAACGUAAGAUGAGGACUGCGCCGACAGCAACAACGACGAGCAAGUACAGCAGCAGCAAUAGUAGCAGUAGCACCACCGUCGACGGCAGUCCAGCCAGCAGGCUCUUUUCUCCGUCUGCCCGUCAGAGCCAGGGCCACGGUCGGCCUAAGCUAGGAGACGAGGGCUUACGGUCGUCCUCGUCGCCUUUUGGUUCGUCGCCGUUUAGUCAGACGCCGUCGAGCAGACGCUCGGCCGCGGCAGACCCUACCAGGCGGCCACUCUACCAAGGCAGAAGCCUCUCUGACCUCGUCCUCAACCCGCAUCAAGCAGCCGAAGAGAAAGGGGCUAAGUCGCCGCUUGGGCCACACGGCGAGAAAGACGAGGCAGCGAAGCAGCAGCAGCAGGCCAGCAUCGAGGAAAAGAGGCGCGCAAGGGCGCUUCAGAGGGCAAAGCAGCUCGGAUCAAGGCGCCUCGACCCAAAGUCCACCUCAAUGGCCAUCGUGCCCUCGGGGCGGGGUAAAAAGGCCCCAGCGGCUGCGGGCUUCGUCAUCCACUGCCGCCGAGGCGGCGGCGGUGGUGAGGAUGGCGGAUGUGCCAACCAUCACGACGACGAAGCAGCCGGUUGCGACAACCGCAUCUGGUUCCUCUCCCGGGCCACCUUGUCCGGCUUUCAGUAGCAGAGCAAUUGUACUUUUAGCAGCAACUAUCACAAUGAGACACUAGCAUAGUCCC